ACAUAAAUAAAGUUUUGCACACAGCUCACCAGCAGAUGGUGCACUUUAUGCUGCAAGAGGAAAGGUGAUGCACAAAGAUGAAAUAUUCACCCGAUCAUAGAAAUAGCGAACUUUUGUUGCAUUAAUCAGCAUCUCUGUGACUUUAAAAACAAAAAACACGUGUAUACUAUUAAGGACUUGAGUUGUGUUUUUUUGUUGUUGUUGCACGAGUGAAUAAAACAGCAGACGGUGAGGCUGUAGUCUCCACUGUGGAUCCAUAGAGCGCCUGUCUGUGUUCAGGCUGCAAACACCACAUCAGUACCAAGAAGCAGCGGUCGAGAGGCGGAUCGAGAGGCAGAGAGCAGCUGGUCUCCGACAUGGCAAAAGAAGGAGCUGAUAUGACUGAGGAAACCGAGUUCAUGAUAGACAAAAACGUGGGCAAAGGAUUAGAAAAUGUGGAAUCGUCUGGCAACGCCAAAGAAAUGCGAGCGGUAAUACUGGCAGGUUUUGGAGGUCUCAACAAACUCAAGGUAACCAAGAAGGCAAUGCCCGAGCCUCAGGAUGGUGAAGUGAAGAUCCGCGUCAAAGCAUGUGGCUUGAAUUUCCUGGAUUUGAUGGUACGUCAGGGGACUGUUGAUAAUCCUCCAAAACCCCCCCUUGUCCCUGGAUUUGAAUGCUCUGGAAUAGUAGAGUCACUGGGUGAAAGCACAAAGGGAUUUGAGAUAGGCGACAGAGUUAUGGCUUUUGUCAAUUACAAUGCCUGGGCAGAGGUGGUUUGCACACCGGUGGAUUUUGUCUACAAGAUGCCAGAUGAAAUGACGUUUGCUGAGGCUGCAGCGUUUUCCCUGAACUUUGUGGCGGCUUAUAUGAUGCUGUUUGAGGUUGCCAGUCUGCGGGAGGGGAUGUCAGUGUUGGUUCACUCAGCAGGAGGUGGUGUAGUAAGUCUGUGUCCUGGUCAAGCUGUGGCUCAGCUGUGCUCCACUGUGCCUAAUGUCACUGUGUUUGGGAUCGCCUCAUGUUUCAAACACGCAGCCAUCAGAGACUCUGUGACUCACCUCUUUGACAGAAAUGUUGACUACAUACAAGAAGUCAAAAAGAUCUGUCCAGAAGGAGUGGACGUUGUGCUCGACUGCCUGUGUGGGGAGAACACAGGGAAAGGACUGAGCCUGCUGAAGCCACUGGGAACUUACAUCCUCUAUGGCGCAUCAAACAUGGUGACUGGGGAAACAAAGAGUUUCUUCAGCUUUGCAAAAUCUUGGUGGCAGGUGGAGAAGGUGAAUCCCAUUAAACUAUACGAGGAGAACAAAGUCAUAGCUGGGUUUUCGCUCCUCAACCUCCUCUUCAAACAAGGGAGAUGUAGCCUUGUGAAAUCAGUGAUGGACAAACUCUUGUGUCUCUAUGAACAAAAGAAGAUCAAGCCUGUAGUGGACUCCUUGUGGGCGCUGGAGGAGGUAAAAGAAGCCAUGCAGAGAAUUCAUGACAGAGGCAACAUAGGAAAACUCAUUCUGGAUGUCGAGAAAUCGCCCACACCUCUGAUGGCCAGCGACAGCACGGAGACCAGUGAAGCAGGAGAGGAAGAAGAGGAGCCUGAGGGAGACAACGACAGCAAGGAGCGAAUGCCUUUCAUCCAUUAGACCCAACAAAACCCACUGCAACACACAUAGAGACUGGACAGGCUGCACAGACUCACCGCAGAGGAACACAACCACACACAAGUGUGUAUGUAUGUAUGUAUGUAUGUACGCAUGUGCUGUGUGCAUGUAUGCAUAAAUGUAUGCAUGUACAGUAAAUGUUUGUGCCUCUUGUCUGUCACCCUUUGAAGAAUAUGAUGAAGAAUAACACCCUGUUUGUCACCCAGGUGACAUAUAGAAUAGUCAUCCUCAAAAUAGUGUUAUAGUCUUUGCUGUCCUAUGAAGUAAUGUUAUGCUAGCCAAUAGGUUUGUUAAUUUUAUAGUUAAUUUCAUCUUCGAGCAGUUUAUUGAAUUAGCAACAGACUGAUUAAGCAUUUAAACCUUCUGACCAGCUACCACUUUAUGAUUAGCAACCUUGAAAAUAGUCGCAGUAACACACAUAAGUGCCAUAUACAGCAACAAGCUAACAUGUCUAAACAUUUUACAGAACCGAAAAAGUAUCAUUUAAUUCUCACGUCUUGCAAUUAUACAACAAGGGCACCUGAAAUAAGUUUGAGAAAAUGUCCCCAGUAUUUUGAUGCUUUUGAUGAAGUAAGUGAAUUAUAGUGUUACAACAAAUGAUGUGCAAGUCAGGAGAUGUAGAAAAGCGUUUGUGUAGAUAUUUGCAUGAUAUUUUAUUCUCAGUGGCCAAAUUUGUAAUUAUAUGGGAUCACCAGUGCCUUUGAGCUACAAGUGAGUGUUUAAUACUUGAAAUACUUUCCUCAUACGAAGUUCACAUUGAACAAACAAAACAGUAUUUUUAAGCGAAAUAUGACAGUUGGUGUGUAAACUAUUUAAAAAAUCCUCCUCACCUGAUCAUAAGAGGAACCCGUGGCGCCACCAGAGCUCCUUUAUAGUAUGUUAUUGGAUUGAGGACUUAUUUUUCCAACUGAACUGUACACUGAAAACUUGAAUAAAUUACAUUUGGUAAUGCCCAACACCACACUGUUUUACAUUUAUUGUCAGCUCACAAACAAACUGACGCUGAAGUAAAACAGGCCAAAUGUAAGGUUUAGGAGGUUAAAUUUAUAUCUGCAUCAAAAUUUUGCAGAGUAUAAGUAAAAGCAAAAGGAAAAAACACAGUCAUAAAUCCUGGAUUUUCUUGAGCAUAAAGUAGUCAGUCAGACUGCAGUUCAAGGUUUGUGGAGUCUCUCCUUUGCUUGUCUGACCAAAGUUGUUUACUUGCUGGUGCCUCACAACAAAAGUGCCAUAAGACUUCAAGAUGAAUUACUUUUACAGCAAACUGGUGUGCAAAGGCAGGCUGACUUAGGUUUGAGCAACACUGUGUUUUACUUGACAAGCCCUGCUUUGCUCUACAUCUGUGAUUUGUUCAAAUAUACUCCCCUGUUCAGAUGACUGAUCAGCAUUAAAGCAGACUGCAUAGUAUUUCAUCUUCACUAUUUACCUGGCCUUGCUUUCUCAGUGUGUUUUAUAUUGAUUGGUUGUCACAGAGUGCACUCUAAAAAGUAUUUUCUCGACGAUAAAAACAACAAAACAAGUCAGUGAUUUCUAAUUGUGCCAUUUUAAAAUUAAAAAUGGAUCAUCUUACUAACAGCAAAAGUAACAGAGGUAACCUCUGGAUGCUUUUAAGUUGAGUGAUAAACAGUGACGCAGCAACACUGAAGUGAUUAAAUAAAUAGAUUUCUAGACUUGGAAAUAAGUAUGAUGACAUGUGGACAAUUCGGAAAUGCAUCUACGAUUUUAACACCUAUUGUCAGGUAUGUUUAUGUGUGUGAGAGUGAGAGAGUGUGUGUGAUUUUGAAUUCUUGUAUUCAUAUUGCCUUGUAAAAAAGAAAAAAAAGAAAAAUGUGUGCAAAGAGGUGUUUCAGUGUUGUAGUGUGUUCACAAUCUUUCCUAUGAACUAUGGUUUACCUGUGGUCGUAUCUUUUUUGUCACGUUUUGGUUGUAUACUUUCUUUGAGUACAGCUCUGUUUACUUGAAUAAAUUUAUCUGCAAAGUAC